AUGACCAACCAAAGUGUGACUGAAUUCCAGCUUUUAGGAUUCUCUGACAUCCCAGAAUUGCACAUUUUACACUUUUUGGGCUUCUUGCUUAUGUAUAUGGCAGCCUUGGUUGGGAAUCUUCUGAUGAUAACAAUUGUAACUCUCAACCAACAUCUUCAUACUCCAAUGUAUUUUUUUCUGGCUAAUUUAGCUGCUAUUGAUCUCAGUUUCAUCUCUGUCACGGUGCCCAAAGCCAUGGCUAACUCUUUGAUGAAAACCAAGAUGAUCUCCUAUUCUGCAUGCAUGACACAAGUCUUCUUCUUCUUUUGGGCGGGUGCAUCAGAGUUCUUCCUCCUGACAGUCAUGGCCUAUGAUCGCUACGUUGCCAUCUGCAAUCCCUUGAACUAUGUGAAAGAAAUGAACAUGGAAGUCUGUGUGAAAUUGGCUGUCAGCGCAUGGAUGUUUGGGAUGGUUGAUGCAACACUGAACACCGCAUGCACAUUUGCCAUCCCUUUCUGCUCCAAUGUCAUCAAUCAGUACUUCUGUGAAAUCCCACAGCUGCUGAAGCUUUCCUGCACUGACUCCUACCUCAUAGAAAUUGGAGCUCUUAUCUUUACUGCACUGAUAUGCAUAACUUGUUUUGGUUUCACCAUUGUUUCCUAUGUGCAUAUUUUUAGAGCUGUAUUUAAAAUUCCUUCAACCCAGGGAAGGAAAAAGGCCUUAACCACCUGCCUACCCCAUCUUGCUGUGCUCUGUUUGUUCUAUUUCACUGGACUCUAUGCGUGCUUGGGGUCAACCUUUAGGACAUCAUCAGGUUUGGAUCUACUUCUUGCUGUGCUAUAUUCAAUGAUUCCUCCUUUUAUGAAUCCCCUCAUCUAUAGCAUGAGGAACAAGGACAUCAAAGCUGCACUUUGGAAGCUUUUACAUGGAAACAAAAAUCCAAAUUCCAUUUAG